AUGGCGACCACACCACUUCGCAUCGUUGUAGGCUGCGACAACGCAGGGCACACCUAUAAGGAAGCGCUUAAGGAGACUUUGAAGAAACAUAAGGGUGUGGCCGAGGUGCUAGAUGUAGGUGUUAUGGAAGCAGAAGACAGUAAAGCAUAUCCGCACUCUGCGGUUGAUGCUGCACGAAAAAUCAAGAAUGGUGAGGCUGAUCGUGCCCUCCUUGUGUGCGGCACAGGUCUCGGUGUCGCCAUCUCAGCGAACAAGGUCGAAGGGAUCCGAGCCGUCACGGCCCACGAUCCGUACAGUGUGGAACGAUCAGUGCUAUCGAACAAUGCACAAGUUCUGUGCAUGGGUCAGAGAGUGAUUGGGCUCGAGUUGGCGAAGAAACUGGUGCAAGAAUGGGUCGAUCUGAGAUUUGACGAGAGCAGCGCAUCUGCAGACAAAGUGAAGGAUAUUAGCAAUUAUGAAGCGCAGUUUACAAAACAAUAA